AUGGAUGCUCAAGAGGUGAUUAGAUGUUUGAAUGCUUCAGAGGAACGCAUGGAUUCCGAUGGUACACUGAUAGCAGAAGCACAAACAUAUCUAAGGCUUUUUCCUGCUGUGAUUUGUCAAUAUGCCUCUCGCAAUUGUAAUAACGUAGCACAUUGCCAGGCUAAGAGAGCGUUCUUGUUUAAAGUUCUAGCAGACUACAUCAAGGAGAAGAGUAAAGAAACUACAAGCAAUUCCUCAAAACUUCAAUCAGAUCAUACCAAACAACAAGAAAGCCGUAGAUGA